AUGAAAAAUGAACGCCCAAUGCCAAUAGCCAAGAAAAACAAAGGAAAACCCCCCAACCACCGCCCCCCGGAUCCCCCGACGAACAACCCCCGCGAACCGUUUCCGACCCAGAUUCCAUCGAUCGCCUCUGUCGCGCCCCCGCGAUACCCUUUGCUGCCCACACAAAGCCCAGAUCCACCGCCAACCUUGAACGCUAUCAGGUCGAUUGCCUCUGUCAUUCUCGGAGAUGCCUCUGCUCAGACACCCGGGGUACCGGAAACUAGUGUCACAGCGGGGUCGGAAAUGCCGGCGGCUCGUAAGCACCCGAGGGUUAGCCGGUACGAAUCGAUGUUGGUGAACCUGUCGCCGGCUCGAUCAUUCGUGGAUGGCGUUCAAUGUCGUCUCUCGCUCGGACCUGUGACCUGGCCAUUAGCACCGCGGACUUCGCAGCCGAAGCUGCUCCAUCCUCGGUGGACGCAAGGGCUGCAUCGGAUCGAGCCCUGGCCUCGCGGGAUCGGUAAUACGCCUCCCGCAACGCCUGAAGGCGAGACGGACGACUAUUACCAGAAGGAGUGGACGUGGUCCGAGGAGCCACAGGAGAAGGAGUGGACGUGGUCCGAAGAUCCACGGGGGAACGAGGGACGGGGGGAGGGAGAGGACGUGGCCUUGGGAGCCACAGAAGGAGAGGACGUGGUCCGAGGAGCCACAGAAGAACGAGAGGAAGGGGUGGGGAUAGAUGAACGAGUGGACGUGGCCUUGGGAGCCACAGAAGGAGCGGACGUGGUCCGAGGAGCCACAGGAGAAGGAAUGGACGAAGAGGGAGAGGACGUGGCCUUGGGAGCCACAGGAGAACGAGAGGACGUGGUCCGAGGAGCCACAGAAGGAGAAGAACGAGGGGAAGUGGCGCUAUGGCCAUUGGCACUAGUCUUUUGGGGGGCGGAAGGAGAGGACGUGGUCCGAGGAGCCACAGGGGAACGAGCGACAGGGACGGGGAUAGAACGAGUGGAAGUUGGGUGUUUCUCGUCGAACCUUUUCAGGAACGACGCACCCGCGGAAAGGGGACGGGGAGAGGGAACGGACGUGGCCUUAGCCACAGGGGAACGAGGGGCAGGGGACGUGGUCCGAGGAGCCACAGGGGAGGGAGUGGACAAGUGCUUGCUUGUACGCAAGUACUUGGGGGCAGUGGGGGCAGGCACCCCAGAACGAGAGGACGUGCUCACCAUGGUGGGCACAGACGGAGCGGAACGAACAGAAGGACGUGCUGGAUCCUUCUGA